CCGGCAAGCAACGGUCCCAGCGUCGUUCCAUUUUCAAUUUUCAAAUCACGAACAUUAAAACCAGUGAUAGUAAAACUAGACCUGCAAGAUUGUGUGUGAAGACGGAUUAACGUUGCCAAAAUGAGAUGACAGUGUAAAGUGUAGUGCUGGAUGCGGAUGUGUGUAUUCUGAAUUCGGUCGGUUUGCGUUAUAAAUGUGAUUUAUGCCGUGAAAGUUCAAAGUACGUGAGGUAGUCAAGGAAUCGUAUCGGACAUGUACAACAAUGGACGUUAGGGUCAACAAAAUGUGCCAAUAUCAUAUAAUACUCCCCAAUACCAGCAUACAAUAGCAAUGUAUAUGCUAAUAUCAGUAUUUAUAGAGGCCGUAAAGAAAUGGGUCUAAAAAGGUGAUACCUACAAAAGAUGGCUGCUGAAAGACUGCCACUACAUUUAUGCAAUUCAAUAAAACAGUACAAAAUAAUACUGCCAGCCAUCGAUGGCCAAACAGAAAAAACGAUAGAACAUUUGAAAAUCGAACUCAAAAAAUUCACAAUUCGAAAACACGCGAUAGAAAAAUUAAAACUAGUGUUGCUCCUAAUGUUACUAAUGACUCAAAAUAUAAGUGCUAAUAGUUAUAGUGGUGGGAAAAACUCUAUGCUAAGAACUAGAAUAAUAGGAACUCGUUACGGAAAAUUGCAGGGAGUGAUAAUGCCGAUGGAUCAGCAUAAAUAUUUGAAACCAGUUGAAGCGUACCUGGGCGUGCCCUACGCCACUCCUCCAACGGGAUCAAAUAGGUUCGCUCCUACUAGAGCGCCAGCGCCGUGGGACGACUUGAAGACGGUGGACCAAAUGGGGCCAGUCUGUCCGCAGCGCCUGCCAGACAUCUCCAACGAAACCUUGGCCUUAGAACGAAUGCCGAAGGGAAGGCUGGAGUAUCUGAGACGACUGCUGCCGCGGCUCAAGAACCAGAGUGAAGACUGCUUGUAUAUGAACAUCUAUGCGCCUGUGCAAGUGGGCCCAACACUCCAAGCGAAGUACCCCGUCGUGGUAUUCAUCCACGGCGAGUCAUUCGAGUGGAGCUCCGGCAACGUGUACGACGGCGCUGUGCUAGCGAGCUAUGCCGGGCUAGUUUUGGUGGCCAUCAACUACAGACUCGGCGUGCUGGGCUUCCUCAACGCCAACCCAAUCCCGCACCUCAAGGCGCGCGUGGCGAACUACGGUCUCAUGGACCAGAUAGCGGCGCUGCACUGGGUACAACAGAACAUCGCGCUGUUCGGCGGGGACCCGGGCAACGUCACCAUGCUGGGGCACGGCUCUGGUGCUGCUGCUAUUAACUUCCUCAUCAUCUCGCCUACUGUUGUCCCAGGUCUGUUCCACCGGGCCAUUCUGCUCUCGGGAUCGGCUCUAAGUUCCUGGGCUUUAGUCGAGGACCCCGUCAGCUACUCCGUCCAACUGGCUAAGCAGUCCAACUGCACCAUCCCCGAAGACCUCAUCAAAGAUCACGAGUUGAUCGUCGAUUGUCUAAGAGAAGUGCCACUUGAUGAACUAAUGAGCGCCGACAUAGCCACACCCAGCUACCUCACCGCUUUCGGCCCGUCAGUGGACGGCGUGGUCGUCAAAACAGACUACGCUAAAGAGCUAUUAACGUACUUCAUACCAAAUGAUCUGCAGGGGUUCACCAGCGUAUCAGGCGUCACCAACGUCAAGGCGGAUAAGAGGAGUGGCGAGAGGAUUUUCGGAAUCCGAGGCGGGCAGAAUAAAUACGAUCUUCUUUUCGGCGUCGUCACUAGUGAAGCGUUGUGGAAAUUCUCCGCGCAGGAUAUACAGAACGGCUUCGAGGGCGAACGCAGGGACAGGAUAAUAAGGACGUACGUGCGGAACGCCUACACAUAUCACUUGAGCGAGAUUUUCUUUACAAUUGUUAAUGAGUACACGGAUUGGGAACGUACUGUUCAGCACCCAAUCAACACGCGCGAUGCGGCGGUCCUAGCGAUCUCAGACGCGCAGUACGUGGCUCCCCUAGUACAGACUGGAGACUUCCUGAGCGUGGCCAAGAGUUCCCCCGACUCUGGACCCAAGACUUUCUUCUAUGUGUUUGAUUAUCAGACCAAGGAUGGGGAUUAUCCGCAGCGGAUGGGCUCGGUACACGGGGAGGAGUUACCGUAUUUGUUCGGAGCCCCGCUAGUGGACGGUCUUGGACACUUCCCAAAGAACUACACCAAAUCCGAGGUGGCACUGUCCGAGGCCUUCAUACUGUAUGUGGCCAAUUUUGUGAAGACUGGAAACCCGAACGAAGCCCAUAGACAAGAGUCGGUGCUGCCGAUAUCCCGCGAGCGGAACCGAUACAAGAGCAUAGUAUGGGACGAGUACGACACGCUCCACCAAAAGUACCUCGAAAUCGGUAUGAAACCUCGCAUGAAGAACCACUACCGGGCUCACCAGCUGUCCGUGUGGCUGAGACUCAUUCCGGAGAUCCACCGCGCCGGGAUGAAGGACGUGGUGGCCAAGCACAACCUGUUCCGCAACCACAACGACCCGGGGCUAUACGACGGGCUGGUCCGCCCCGACCCGCUGACCCGAGCCAACUACUUCGACCCAACGCUCGACGUGUACCGCAAGCCUGUCUACAACGUCACGCUCGACCUCCCGACCACUACUGACACGUAUGUGACUACCUGCAUCAGCGUCAUCUCAGCCAAACCUGGCGCCGCCGUCACGCCCCUUCAAGCCAGCAACCAAUCACAGGACGCCGCUAAUCUUGAAGCCGCCGGCUACACUGCUUACUCCACAGCUCUCAGUGUAACUAUAGCUAUAGGAUGUUCACUGCUUAUACUGAACGUUCUGAUAUUCGCCGGAGUCUACUACCAGAGAGACAAAACGAGAUUGCAAGUGAAAGCGCUCCAGCAGCAGCAGAAGCGCAGCCACAACUCCACGUUCGAUAGCGUGUCGUCGAAACAUCCGCACUACUUUAUAGGUCACUCGCAAAGCUCCAGCACCAUCGUAGACAUCGAUCAUCAGGACAAGAACGCAAUUAUAUCCAUGAACAGAGUACCCCAUUUCACGAAUACCAACUGCCCGAAUGUGUGCCACACUGGGAUACAAAUGUCCAACCUGGCGCAGAAGGCCAGCCCGCCAUCGAACCGUGGCGGGCAAUGCACAACGCUGCCAAGAAAAGUUGGCUUCGCGUACCAGCAAAACAACCAGUUAUGUAACUCGUCCAACUGCAUGACGUUGCCGAAAAAUGCGACGUUUCUAAGCAGCUCGGCGAACCUGCCAGAUGUGCAGGCCCAGACGGGACAGGCGCAGACACCUGGGAACGGCUCGGCGCUGCCCCCCCCUGCCUCGCCCCCCUCCCACUUCCAGAAGCCGCGCCUCCCGCAGGCUGCCAUGUCAGAGAUGAACGUAUGAGACAUGGAGGAUAUUUACAAUUAUGUGUAAUGUGCUGAUGUGACUCCGCGGGACGCCACGUGUAAGGACCAAGUGGAAGUGCACAAGUGACAAAUAUAAUUGUAAAUAUCGCAAAUGUAAAUACGAAAUUUUACGUGAAACUGUACGUUAUUAGGGAAGUGACUAUGCUACGGCUACGCUAUGGCUGCCUAAUUGGCAUAUGUAAAUUGGUCUAGCGAUAAUUACUGUGUACAUAUUUGAGUAAUUUCAAAUUUGAAUAAAUGAUGAAGUUUAAAUACUAUGGGCGGGCGCGAUGAAGUGAUUGCCAUUUUGCGUUUAUUUACUGAAAUAGCUAAUAAUCGGCUGAUAAUUUUCCUGAAAAUUUCCAUUGAAUUUAAAGUGAUUUUACGUUACAAUAACUAAAUGAAAUUUAUAGUGAUUUCACGUUACAAUAACUAAAUGAUAUUAAAAGCCAAUUUCAUCGAUCAUAAAAUCUAUUCUUAAUAAUUGACAAUGUAACAAACUACUACGAAAACUGUACAUAUUUUAGAAUCUUAAAGACUGUAUUAUAGUAUUAGGUCUUUCGUUAAAUUAAUUAUUUAAACAUAACAAAAACUAUCUUCUAAUUUCCAUAUGUAAAUUUCAUUGUAAAAAUUGUGAUACCUACAUUUCAUUACUUUGAACUAUUAAUUUUAAAGUCCAAAAUUUAUCUAAACUUCAAUGUACAUUAAUAUAUUAUCACUGUUUGUAUUAAUUUAACGUUUAUAUUUUGUGUAUAAAUUGUAAUAUUUGCAUAUAAACAACUGUGUAUUAUUAUCGAAACUAUGUUGAAACUUUAUAAAAAUAACAAGUUAUCUAACCGUUACUACGAAAUCUUAUGACGAGUAUGAAAAUAAAAAUUAAGA